CAACCACAGUCCAUCGCGGUUUUAACCGGUCCAAACCUUGGCGCCUGAUGGUCUGGUAUGUAGAUGAUGUGGGUCUGUUUCUUCAAAGCACAAUGAAGAAAGUCAUUAUCACUUUAGCAGAGCCAUGUCAAUUUCCCAUUCUGAUUCAUGUCCCACUUGGCGUGGGGGAAGGGAGGUGUGGAAGCACCGAAGGUCGGUUCUCUUGGGGUUGUAAAUACCAAGAGGCAGUCAGGCGGAACCGACUUCUCUAGGUUCCUGGUUUGUGGAUUCUAUCAGAAUGGGGGAAGCAGGCCCUGAACAGGCAUCUUUCCCUACAGUAAUCUAAUAAUAACUCACUAUUGCACAACAUGUUACUCUUUCAAACCUGUUUGGCAAAGCAGAUUCUGCUUUGCCAAACAGGCUGCUGCUAAUCAGCAGGUGGUUGGCCAAGAGGAAUGCACUGUGUUUAAACCAGUGAGAGCACCCUCUAUUAUCUAACAGUUCUACCUGUCGGCUUUAUGGGUGUAACAGAGGGAAUGGAACCACAUAAUGAGCAGAUUAGUUUCAGUGAAGUGGAUUUAAGCUCCACUGAUACAAAGACAAUAAGGACCAAAGACAACGCCAUUGAUCACAGUGACGUUCAAAAAACUUCUGCAUCAACCACAACCAACCCUAUCAGAAAAACAUAUCAUCAAAAUGUACCUCAACUUGACAAAAACGCCCCAGAUCCGUGUAAUGGCUGCCGUGAACACAUCAAAAAAGUUCUGGGAAACUAUUCUCUGAACUGGAGAAAAAAUGUCACAAAACACCAAGAGCUCAGAGCAUCACUCAUCACAAACUGCAAUGGUUUUCAAAAGGCCUUUGUGACCCAGGCCAACAGUCCUUUAGCAACAUCUAUCAAGUACGACGCAGAAAACAGAGUCCGCACUAUAGAUGAAAAUCUUUUCAACAAUAUUCCAAAGGAAGUUAAAUUCUCUAACAAAGUACUAGACACAUGUUCUGUUGUUGGAAAUGGAGGGAUUUUGAUCAACAGCAGCUGUGGAGAGGCCAUAGACUCUGCCCAGUUCGUGUUCAGAUGUAAUCUCCCUCCUCUGGAUAAAGAAUAUAGGAAACACGUUGGAAGAAAGACCAACAUUGUGACCGCAAACCCCACCAUCAUUCAGAAGAAAUACAACAGUCUACAGCUUCGCCGUCGUCAGUUUGUGGAUGAUGUCAGUGUGUAUGGCGACUCUCUGCUGUUUCUUCCUGCCUUUUCCUUUGCGUUCUGCACUGGUUUGAGCAUGGCAGUCCACUACACUUUGGAGGACUUCAGGAGCUCAGUUAAACCUGUAUUUUUUCACCCGGAGUACCUCAAAAGCCUGGAUACAUUCUGGCGUUCACAGAAGCUCAACCCUGGUUACAGAAUAAGCACUGGGUUCAUGUUGGUUAGUUUAGCUCUGGAAAUCUGUAACAAUGUGGACGUGUAUGGGUUCUGGCCUUUUAAAUAUCACCCAUACAAUUUCCAGAUUACAACAAAUCACUAUUAUGAUGACCAAAAGGCAACUACUUUGCAUGCCAUGCCAGCUGAAUUUGCCUAUCUGAUAAAACUACACAAUGAAGGGGUGCUUAAGCUUCAUCUGGGAGAGUGCCCACCACAAAAAAAGGAAUGAAGGUUUUAUAUUGAUGUCCUCUAUACUGUUAAAGCCAGAGUAUGUAACUUUUUAUCCAAAAAAUAGAUUUGUGUUUAUUUCAUUGAAAACAUGAGUGAGUUUACAUCUCCAGAAAAUUGAUUCUUACUUAUUGGCUUAUAGUGCAAAAUUCUGGGCUGAGUAGAAAUCAUCUUGUUGGGCCAUAUUACAUGUUCUGUAUGGAAGAUAAGUUGUUCCAUCAGAAUUUGAAUUUUAAACGGCUCUGAAUUUGUCUUUGUGAAUUAUUUUACUCUGAAAAAGAGCAUCUGAAUUUUUUUCUUCUGAAUCUGAAGCACUGAAAUUUCAGUGUAUAGUUUUCAAUGUGUUUAAAAUUUCAAUUUAAAAAAAAUUAAAAAUCAUCUAUAAAAUAUUGGAUGUAUUUUUUUCAAACCCUCAAAUACGACUGUCUAAAUUCGCAUUGUAAAAUACGAUGAAGAAAAAUGACCCAGCCAACAUCCGGGAUACUGAGGCAUUUGCAAUCACUCUUGCAGAGUCGAUCUAACUUCUAGCCAAUCACGCAACGGUAUAGUAGU